GUUCAAAUGUUCGAAAAUGUCAGACUAUUUCAUUUGGUAAAACAGACUCGAAACUUUGAACUGCCGAAAUAAUUUGUUGUAAUCAAUUCAAAGCAAUGACCAGCAUACCACCAUAUGAAGUAUCAAUAAAGAUUCCAUUUCCAACGAGACGACAAGCCGAAGUAGCCUACGACGUUUUACGCGUGGACGAGGAACCGCGACGGAGUGCCGUGUUCAAAACACUUUCACUCGAAGAUAGUAAACUCAUUGUAUACUUUUCCGGCGAGCAAGCAAAAAAUGUACGCGUUGGAAUGACAUCGUUCUUCGAAUCACUGAUUCUUUGCUGCGAAACGUUGGAUCAAUUCGGUUCGCCCACAGAAAAGUACGAUUUCUAUUAAGCAAUAAGAUGCCAGAACAUACACCCGCACCAACACCACACCGAGCUGUCUAUGGAUUCGCCGUAUUUCUACUAUUCAAAACGCUACUCAUCUUAUACCUGUUCUGGGCCUUCGUUCCGGACGACUUCUUGGAAAACAGUCUCGGAUUGACCUAUCUUCCCGACAAAUACUUUGCAAUGUUCCUGCCCAUGGUGGUUAUGAUGGGAUUGAUGUUUUUCGCAUUUUUAAUCUAUCCCGCAUUGAAUCUAUCCAUUACGGCCGACGUCGAUCAUGUGUCGACAAUCCGGGACAAUUAUUCGAUCCGUCGAUGUAAAUUCCAAUUCAAAACCGGAAAGUUAUGCGA